AUGGCGCCCGCACCGCCGAUGGCGAGAGUGCUGCGCGGACCCCGCGAGCCUGUGUGGGGCUGCCAGUGUGGGAAGAACAACAACUGGGCGUGCCGCAUCGUGUGCUCCUGCGGGCGGCAGGCGUCUCAGAAGGUCGCCAACGCCGCCAAGAAAGCGGACCAGGAGGCACGGGACAAGAAGCCUUCACAGAGGGCAGGCGGCACAGGGCUCGUGCGGAAGCCUGCCCCAUGGUCCAAGGAGUACGGCCUCACGAAGAAGCAGAUCCGCGAGCUGGUGCUGCAGUGCAUCUCCCAGCAGGCUGGCAGCCCCAAGUGGGCCCCUGCGUCUACGGCACCAGCGUCGUCAGGAGUGGGAGCUGGCAGCAAGGAGCAGACGCAGCAGGGGCAGGGCAAUAUCCAGCAGCGCACGGAGCUCCAGGCGAAGAUCAAUUUCCACGAGAAGUGCAUCAAGGAGUGCAAGAUCGUGGAGGCGGAGGGCGGCCCAAUUCACCUCCUGCACCAGCGGGCUCUCGACGUCCUUCGGCAGCAGGCGCGUGAAUUGCGCCCCCCAGGCGCUGCGUACAAGGCCUCGUCCCAGAAGCUCGCGAGGUGCAUGCAGCAGCUGGACCGCUUCACCAGCGACCUGCAGGGCCUCGAGGCGCAGCUGGCGGCUACCCAGCGCAAGAUCCAGGACAAGCAGGAGGCCAUCGCUGCAAAGCAUGCUGAAGUGGAGGUCCUGCGCAAAGAGAAUGCAAAGCACGAGCAGACCAUGCAGGCCGCACGGGGUGAGAAGCCCAACCCAGUCAUCAAGGAGGAGGACUUGGUGGGUUUCGACCUCGCCGAGCAGCUCGACGACGGCGCAAAGGAGGCCCUCGAGCAAUUCAAGGCGAGCCCCCAUUUCGACAAGAUCCAGGCGGCCCUCCGCAAGCAGGCGGCAGAGAAGCUGGCUACAGCCAUGGCUGAGGAACCUGGUGCUCAUGCUCCUCAUGCUGAGGGCGGUGGCGCAGGAGCACUGGUCAAGGAUGACGUCGGCGCCCUCUGGCAGCAGCUCCUCAGCAGCGGGCAGCAGCCGCCUUCGGACUGGACCAAGGAGAAGCUGGACGACGCGUUCACGCAGGCACGCUGCCUGGGUAACCCGCCCUUGGUCAGCGGGCUACUGGCCGCCAGCGCGGGCGCCAAGCAGCUACAUGUGCCAGCAGCGGUCACUGUCACGCACACCUUCGAGACCUUCAACGCCAACCAGGGAAAGCUAACCCUCCAGAAGCGGCUGCGAAGGUCAACAGCUAUGGUCAUCAUGGCCCAGGAGAUCGGCUACGGCAUCGAUGACUGCGAGAGCCUCUCUUCAUGGGCAACGGCACGUGGCUGGCAAAGCCUCAUCGUGCCAGGGCUGCCCUCACGAGGGCAUCUCCCCUCUGCAGGCCUGGCAGUGUUUGCCAGGGAGGGGAUCGGGCUGCGCGGGCCCACGUACCCCGGCGACGCCCCGCCCAGACGUGCAGGCAGCGUCAACGAGACCAUCUCGCACGGCACCGAGCUAGUCCGCGGCAGGGCUCAGCACGUCGUCGUGGAGCUGCCGAACUGGCCGCCGCUCAACGUCGUCAACGUCUACCUCCACACAGGGGAGGGCAUGAGCAGCCGCAACGCCAGCAUCCUCAUGACGGUGGGGAUCGCGCUCGCGGGCCAGAGGCACCCUGGCAUCAUCGGCGGCGACUGGAACAUGGACGUACAGGUUGUCAAGAACUCUGGUUUCCCCGUGCACGCGCAGCUGGAGAUGGUCACCCCGAGGCACGCAACUUGCAGAACAGCGGCAUCGGUCUCCACCAUCGACUACUUCGGGCUAACCACGGGCUCCAUGCGCAUGCUAGCAGCUUGCAAGGCCGACUUGACCUGGGCAGUAAAGCCGCAUCGACCAGUUCAGUUACAACUGACAGCGGAGGGCACCAAGCCCAGGUACCUCACCUACGUCGGAGGCGCGAAGAUACCAGCGCAGACUGUGCACGGCCCAUUCCUCGAGGAGAGCAGCUGGUCCCUGGAGCGCAGCUUUGCUGAGCAGGCGCUGAUUUUGGCAAAGGAGGCGCCCGCUGCUGUCGCCUGGCGCUUUCUCUCGAAGGCUUGGGGCCGAUGGGCGACCAGAGCGGCCUCGAGGCUCGGGCAUCUCACAGCUACGGAGAUGCGGGCCAGCGCCUACGCUCGCCCGCUUCAAGCCAAGUGGGUCGAGCGUGAGCACCAGGUCCUCACGGAGGAGGAAGUGCAGGCAAUCGCGGAUGGAUGGAAGUGGCUGCAGGAUUGCCUGGCGGGCCUCUCCACUGCGAAGGCGAAAGCCAGGACACCUGAAGGCCGACAGGUUCUCGACAACGAGGUGCAAGGCUUCCUCACUGGUGACUACUGUGGCCAGAACCUCAGCGCGCGGUUUGACGCAUCUGCGCGGCAAGCUCGACAGCUAGCGCAGAGGAAUUUCAGCAGUGAGGACAUCAUGACUUUCUCGGAAGACAUUGAAGAGGAUGUCAAAUUCGCCAUGCAGCAAGCGAACAAGGAAUCUUCGAAGCGCUGGAAAGAGUGGUGUGACGGGGCCUGCGCUGGCGGAGCGAGGAAGCUUCACAAGGUCACGCGAGUACGAGAGGUUCAGGCCCCCACUACGGUCAAUGACUCGGAGAACGGCAUCACAGGGCACCCGCACUUCGUAGUCAAGGAUAUGGAGGAUACGCACGCAGCGCUGUGGAAGGCGGUGAAGGAGGCUCCCCAGGCGUGGAUUCCUGACAGGUCGACCCUAGAACGAGAUGGCUACGCAGACGUGGUCAUAAAGGCGCACGCCAUUGAGCAGUACGACGUAUACGUCACGCUCCACCCGCUGGUCAGGUUCGCGUCCUACAUCGACGACACCUCCCUCGGCACCAACGGGGCCACCAAGGAGAACGUCAUCCUGCAAGCGGUCGAGGCGGGCAAUGCCUUUUUCAAGGUAGCUAAGAAGCUCGGCGCCCGCAUCAAUGAUAAGCUGGCGGUGGUGGCCAGCUCAGAUGAUAUUGGGAAGGAAGUGGUGCGGCAGCUGAAGUUACCCACAGACAUGAAUCGCAGUCGGGCAACCUACCUGGGCACGGACUUCGCGGGAGCACGGAGAAGGCGAGGGAAGCUCCUACGCGCCAAGCAGCAGGCGCGCCAUAAGAUCUACAAGCAGAGGCUGCGCAAGCUGGGCAGCUUUCGACAUCGACUUCCAGGACAGCAGACGCAGCGGACGGCCAAGAUCUUCCGAGCUGGAGCUCGACCAGCGGCCACCUUCGGCGUGGAGACCAACGGGCUCACAGACAGGGAGCUCCACAAGAUGCGCACGGACUUCGGCAAGUUCAGCAGACCCUGUCAUGGGGGCGUCUCGGCCUCGGCCAAGGGCAGGAUGGACAGCAACCUCGGCACUAAGCCCUCGAUUCUCUCGCGCACCGACUUCUUGAUUGCACAAGACCUGAAGUUCAGCAAGCUCGAGCUGAUGCAGAGGUCCCCCAAGUCUUCCUCGACGAGCUACGCCAGCAUGCAGACGAGCCUGGGUAUAUCGAAGGCAUAUUUGGAUAUGCUUGUGCUGAUGUUCCGACAAUGA